GUCAACUUCACGUGUUACGUUGCGUUCAUAAAAGCAAGCAUGACAGGUCACAGACACGAAAGACAAAAGUCGUCGUGACUUUUAGCGACACUUUAGCUUAACAAUGAACGCGUUGACAGCCUCUUGCAGCACGCUGAUCCUUAUUCUUAUCAAGGGAGCGCGCAUGCCAGGUAUUUCCAGAAUGUUCCAGCGGAUCCAGGGUCACAUCCAACCGAAGGUGCACCCGGGUCGCAAAAGCCGGCUGGUGACCAAAGAGGGGCGCUGCAAUAUCGAGUUUGGCAACAGGGAGCCGGGAAACCACCUGCCUUACCUUGUGGACAUGUGGACCACCUUCGUAGAGAUCCGCUGGCGCUUCGUGCUGCUUCUGUUCGUUGCCUCCUUCAUGGGGAGCUGGUUCAUCUUCAGCCUGCUGUGGUACUGGAUCGCCCGGAGCAACGGGGACAUUUCGGCGUCUCACCGCAUCAACCGAACCACGUGCAUCGCCAACGUCAACAGCUUGACCACGGCCUUCCUCUAUUCCCUGGAGACGCAGACCACCAUCGGGUACGGCGGGCGGGCCCCGACCGGAGAGUGCGCCGGCACGGUGGCGCUCAUCAUCCUGCAGUCCAUGGUGGGCGUCUUCAUCAACAGCUUCAUGUGCGGGAUCAUCCUGGCCAAAAUGUCUCUCCCUAAGAGACGUGCCAAGACGGUUAGUUUCAGCGACACGGCCGUCAUCUGCUUGAAGAACAGCAAACUAUGCCUCCAGAUCCGCGUGGCCAACCUCCGCAAGACGCUUCUGAUCGGGAGCCAGAUCUACGGAAAGCUCUUGAAGACCACCACCACCACGGACGGCGAGACCCUGAUCCUGGACCAGCUAGACAUCCAUUUCACGGCAGACGCCGGCAAGGACAACCUCUUCUUCGUUUGUCCCCUGACGCUCUACCACGUGAUCGACGGGGCCAGUCCCUUCUACGAGCUCUCCGCAGACACGCUGCCCCAUCAGGACUUUGAGCUGGUGGUCUUCUUGGAUGGUACGGCCGAAUCCACCAGUUCCGUCUGCCAGGUGCGGACCUCUUACAUCCCACCGGAGAUCCAGUGGGGGCACAGCUUCCUGCCCAUCAUCUCGCGGACCAAGACGGGCAAGUAUUGCGUGGAUUUUUACAACUUUUCCAAAAGCGUGCGGGUGGCAACGCCGCACUGCGCCCAGUGCUUUGAGGACAAAGCGGAGGCCAAGCACCAGGUCCACAACCUACACAAGCUGGACAAUGAGAAGAAUCAGCAGAAGUUGGGCAUCCACAACAUGGCAUUUCAGGUCACCGACAUUCACGAGGUCGCGGACGUCACCAAGAUGUGAACUGAGAUGCUUCUCAUAAAUGACGAUGGAAAAGGUCAAGCGGGUCCAGAAAAAUCAGCACGGGUACCGUUUGUUCAGGUUGGAACCAGGUCCAGGGUCAGAUGACACAAGGAAGGUUCUUAACUGUCACCCCUGUCUGUUAAACAAGUGACUAGAUGAGUU